GAUAUUAUUGAAGUAUUAAUAGAGGCCGCUAUAUAAAAUAAAGGGAAAUAUAGACAACCAAGAUUUGUUAAGCUUAUUAAAUUGAGCGGCUUUUGGGAAAUGUGCGCUUCUUCUUAUAUUUAUGGCAGUAGCCUCACAGCUGUUUAUGCACUAAUCACCCUGUACACCGCAUACACAAACUAUAUUUUGCAAACAAAAAAUGACUGCUGACAAUAUUGGAGUAACUACAGCUACUCUGGACAAAUAUGGAGAAGAGGACUUUAUUGCCGUGCUAGUACGCUAUGGGCUCUUUGUGGGAGCCAUAUUUCAAUUCGUUUGCAUAUCCGCUGCGGUGCUAAUGAGUGGCAACGAUUCGCAGGACACAGUUGAGGAAGAGGCACGCCUUAUCGAUGAGCCAGCGCAAGGCAGCGGUAAUGCGGCCCGCCGUCUACAUAAAAUACGGAAGCUAGAGAAGAAAAAGCGACGUUAGGAGCACGUAAAUGGGUCGUAAUAUAUUUUUAAAAUAUUCUACAAUAGUCUUAAUUGUGUAUACUUAUAAUAAAACUAAUUUAUUUGGAUGUA